AUGCCGCCUCCAUCUUCUACAAAAUUGCUUCUGCUAAGGAGACUCUCCAUGGCUUUUAGGUCAAAUCAUCGUCAUCCUUCCGCACUUAUUUCCCUUCGUCGAUCGGUUCUACAUUCUUCCUUAGGGUUUCUAGAACAUAUGGACAUUGUCUCCCGUCCUCCAAGUAGAAGCUUUUGCCAUCUCAACGAGCCUCAGGGUCCGACCCCCAUUGAUUACCAUUCUUUGUUACAGGAGGAUGAAUAUCAUAAACUGGCAGAUUCUACAAUACAUAACUUUCUAGAGAAAAUAGAGUGGCAGGAAUAUGGCGAUUCGGUUGAUAUUGAUGGAUUUGACAUCGAUUAUGGAAACCAGGUUUUAACCCUGAGACUUGGGAGUUUAGGAACCUAUGUCUUAAACAAGCAAACACCAAACAGACAAUUAUGGCUGUCUUCCCCUGUGAGUGGCCCAUCCAGAUAUGAUUGGGAUCGAAAUGCACAAGCUUGGGUUUAUAGGCGAACUAAAACAAAUCUGUCUAGUAUUCUCGAAAGCGAAUUGGAGAAGCUAUGUGGUUCAUCUGUUUGUCUUUCCUGAAAAAGUUAUCUUUGUGCUAAAUUAAAGUUCAGGCAAGUUGUUUAUUAUUCAACAAAUGACAAUUAUAUUCUAUCAUAAACUUUGUUUAUAUCUUAUGUAUAGUCAAGGUUAUUACAUUUUUCUUUCCUUUAAGUUAUGAAUACCCCAUAUUGAAAUGACGAUGAGAGAGAAGAGGAAACAAAAAGAGCCACAAAUAUGGAGGAGAAAAAGAAGUAAAACAAAGCACAACCACAAAUGGGUGAUGUUUAGAACCACUUGAUUCAAUUCUCCAUUCAAUUUAAUACUAUUAUAUAUAUAUAUGGUCAAAUUGGUUGGUUGUUUCAUCAAUUUUUAUUUACACCAUGGAACAUGUUUGAUUAAACAUAAAUGUUUCAUAAUCCAACCCUUUCAUUUUUUUUUAUAUAUGAAGUGGUGUCCA